GAGCCCAGUCCCCAGCGGCUUUCCUGUAGAGGGGGUGCACUGGUUGCUGUCACCGCGGAGCAGCAGCAGUUCGGUUUCUGUUCUCGCACAGAAGGGAAAUCUAAAUUUCUUUCUUUUUUGUGGCUGCGGAAUCCACUAGCCAACAUGUCAAGCAAAAAGGCAAAGACGAAGACCACAAAGAAGCGUCCUCAACGAGCAACUUCUAAUGUAUUUGCUAUGUUUGACCAGUCACAGAUUCAGGAAUUCAAGGAAGCUUUUAACAUGAUUGAUCAGAACAGAGAUGGUUUCAUUGACAAAGAAGAUUUGCAUGAUAUGCUUGCUUCCUUAGGGAAGAAUCCAACUGAUGCAUACUUAGAUGCUAUGAUGAAUGAGGCUCCAGGUCCCAUAAACUUCACCAUGUUUCUUACUAUGUUUGGUGAGAAAUUAAAUGGAACAGAUCCAGAAGAUGUGAUUCGAAAUGCUUUUGCUUGCUUUGAUGAAGAAGCAACAGGCACCAUUCAGGAAGAUUACCUGAGAGAGCUACUGACAACAAUGGGAGACCGAUUUACAGAUGAAGAAGUAGAUGAGCUGUAUAGAGAAGCUCCUAUUGACAAAAAGGGAAAUUUCAAUUAUAUUGAGUUCACACGCAUUCUUAAACAUGGAGCAAAAGACAAAGAUGACUGAAAGGAAUCUCACAUCUCUCAGUUAUUCCUAUUUUACUUAUGUUUCAUUCCUAAGACUCCUUUUUUUUUUUUUUUUUUCUGAUAGAACCUGCUACAUACACUUAGCUUUAUAGCCUUGGCUUUUCCUUAUAUAUUUAUUCUAGACUCUUCUACCAUAAUGUGUUUGUGUAUAAUCAGACUGGAAAUGGGGAUGAUGUUGUAAAUUGUUUUGAAAAGAGUUUGAGAAUUAAAAAAAAAAAAAAUCAAUGAAUGUGAAAGCCCAGAAAAAAAGAAUUUCAGUAUUUCUGGUUUUGCUGGAUUUUUACAUUUUUAUAAUAUAAAUGCUAUUUUGAAAUAAAGAUUAUGUCAAUUCAAAGUAAAAUAUCAUGGCAAAUUAAACAGACAUAUGAGGUUUUUUGGAAUUAUUUUUGGGAGAUUUUCAACUUUACAUGGUUCAAAUCACAUGGUCAAGCUGGUUUGCCAAUGUGAAUAUUGAACAAUGUAUAUCUGGACAUUAAAUAUUUAACAUUAAUGUGAAGUAAAAAACUGUUAUGCCUACUUGGACUUUUGUCAUGCUUUUAGUAAGGUAAGAAUUAUAGAUUAUUAUAUGAUUAGUUAAAUGCUUCAGAAGAUUUUUUUUUUUUAACAUUUUACCAUUGAUUUAAUCCCAGAACAUGAGAAAAUAUUUGAAACUUACUCCAUUUGCCCAUAAGCCCUAGAUGACCAAAAUUCAUAACCACUGAAAUGAAAGUUCUUUCAGGGCUAGGAUGACUAAUCUUAAUUUAAAAUAAAGAAUGGAUAAACCAUUAUUUAUGCCAUUGCUGGUUUAUUUCUAGGUGUUUGAAGACUUAAACAUUUCAGAUUAUACCAUGUAUGAUUAGAAAUUGUAUUGGCCAAAUUAGGGCAAGAAAAAAUGUUGUUUUUUUAGUUGGCCUCUAAGAUGUUGAAAGUUAAAAUAAUGUUUAAGGAGAAAACUGAAAAUCCAGACCAAAGAAAUUGAUUACUACAUUUUUUACACCAAAUAGCCUUUGUUGAAUAAUGAAUUAAAUGUUAUUAAGCUUUCCUUAUGAACCUGUAAUCCAUAUUGCUUAUCUUUCUCAAAGGAAUUGUUUUGUUUUAAUUAUGGGCAUACACAACUACAAUUGAGUUGUUGUUAAAUAAGGUUGUUAAAAUAAUUGCGUUUAUUCAAAGGAAAGAGCAUCACACUUUUCCCUUGAUAUUGUAAUGCCCAUACUACUUUUAGACCCAGUGUCCUUGGCAAUUCAUAAAAGAUUUAGUAAGAUAUUUUGAUUCAACCAGCAGAAGUGAGAGAUUUCAGACAAUAGUAUUGUUGUCGGAAAUAUGUUCAUUUGUAAUUUGUAGAGAAAUACAUAAGGAGAUUAAAAAUGCACAAUGUCCACAUAUCAAAGCACAUAUUGAAAUAAUUCUCAAGUCAUAGGGCAAUCUUAACCACAUGAGCAUUGGUAAAGUCAGAGCUAUCCAGAGGAAGGGAGUAUAACAGUGGGGACUUUUGAUAGCUACCAAUCUUCAUGUUUUACAAUCCACUUCCUAAGAAUGUUAUUACUUGUUUUUAAAAUGAAAGCUGUAAUUGUUUUGUUUAACAUCACCUUAUAAUUGUAUUACUGUUUACAAAUCACUUUUGUAUAUACUAUUUCAUCCUCAUAACUGAGGAUAUGAUAAACAAGUAUUAUUGAGUAAUACUUUUCACAAGGUUAUAUAAUUAAAUGGCAAAACACUUUUAGUUCACUAUAUGAUCUAUUUCAUUCCUUAAAGAGCUUAAAAUCUGGACUGUGCUACUUACUAGCUGUCUACCUUGAGCAAUUUCACAGCUUUGAGCCUGUUUCUUCAUCUGUCAUGUGCUUUCGAAUUCUCAGUCUAGUAACAUUUGAGAAGGAAAAAAAAACCCUUAGAACUACUCUUGACUUAAAGGGGAAACACCUUGUCUUCCUGUUAACAGUUUGCCCCAUCACCUUCUUCCCACAGUUGUGACUUGUUGCCUUCUCCACAACUUGGAGUCAAAUAUAGAAUAACUCAAAAUGUAAAAACUCAGCAAAACCUGCUAACAUUAAAUUUUACAUUUAAUUUGAAAAUUAAAAAACAAAACAAAACACA